AUGUCCGGGUGGCGAUCGGACUUCGCGAAGACCAAGGUGACGGUUGCACUGUGGGCAAACUUAGAGGAUGCCAACGUUUACAUGCUCUACGAGCUGGCUGCGGCACAGUUUUGGCCCUACCAGCAAUAUCGUCCCAAUGUGCAAGCCAUCUUUAGUGAUGAUCGCCGGUUCAACUCGGGGCUGCUGAAGGAGAUGGCCUGGAACAAGCUCUUGGACCCCGCCUCGUCGUUUCGCUCAAGCGAGGCGGAUGUUUUCCUUAUUGUGGCAUCCUCCAGAUACAAGCCGGUCAACGACAGGUUUAUAGAUUCUCUCUCUGGCUCGAUAUUCCUGGACUGGAGCCUGCGGGAUUUCAUGGUCCACCUUUACAAGGACUCAGGGGGUGACCUAACGGUGAAGAAUCCAGCUUCUGUGGCAAGAGCCCUGGCGGUUGAAUGGAAUGGGAAGAGCUUCAAAGACUAUCAUUUUUGGAUCCUACAAGCAAGUAAGCUGAAGCCUGCACAGUUGAUCCUAGACGACAGGGGAGGCUCCACGUCCAGAGAGGCCACCGUCACGGAGGCCACAGAUGAGGAACUCAUGGUACAAAAGUACACACGGCAGAGCUUUGAGCAGUACAUGGUGCCAAGAAUCACGGCAGGUCCUAGUAACCUCGAGUAUAAGAUUGGCCUGGUGGGUGGCAAUGGACCCAUUGCUGGAGCUUUUGCUGUGUUGAUCGUAGCAGAGAAGCUGCUGGAAGCUGGAAGAGGUCUUGGCCACAUCGGCCUAGAGGUCUUCUCACAGUCCCAGCAUCCCAUGUCCGCUAUGGAGGCAGCAACACACCCUCUGAUGGUCAAGACGUAUGUGAGGAGCUUGAACGACUUCCUCACGCGCAAGGAUAUCGACAUCUAUGGCUGCGCCAGCAACACCUGGUAUCAGAACUUGUAUGUCCCCAACUCUAUGAGCUGGGGAAUGGCGGUUCUGUCGGGCUUCCGGAUGGUGCAUAUGCCGCGAGCUACCGUGCAAAAGGCCACCCAGUGCUUGAAGAGGAGAAGGCUUGGGAUGAUAGCAACUCACUGGACACACCGCGCAGGGCACAUUUCGGGUGAAGUUGAUGAAGACGGAUUCCUGCUCGAUGGAACGGGUAUUCUGGAGCAUGGCGUAGAGAGCGAGAACGUUUAUGCCGUGGAGGUGCAGAAAGUUGCAGAUGGCAGCGCGGUGCUCAUCUCCGCAAAUGUGGACACAGCUUGGGAUGCGAUCAUGGUUGCCAAACAUGGCGACGUGGAGACGGCCAAGAAGAUGUUCAUGGACGAAAAGGUCGGCAAGGUUGAGGGGCUUGGAGUUCCUGAACACUUCGGCAGCUCAAAUCAAAACGUCUGGGCUGGAACUCGGGUUGUUGGAAAUGUGAAGUACAUCCACGAGCAGAGCGUGGACGCUAUCAUUGGCGGCUGCACUGAAGUGGGCCUUGCAUUAGAGCAACAGGAUCUUGAUAGCAUCUCAACGCCCGGCUCCAUGGCCUUCGUAGACUCGGGGGCCGUCAUGGCAGAAGUCUUGGCAAAGAAAGCCCUGGCCCGUGGCAAAGCAAUCUCGCUCUGCGACUGA